CAAUAGUGAGUGGUGCACACUUCCUUUGCCCAGACACAGAACAAAAAAAAGUCCCAUUUAAGAGUUGCUGGUGUAACAAUAGGAAGAAUAUAUUCCACUCCUCUCUUGUACAUGCGGCUUAUGAGAAGAACAUCACCGCAAAGUCUCUCAGUCCACUUGACGUCCAACAGAUGAACGCUCGUCAAGAAGAACGUCCCCUUCAGCAGCAGGAGGAUCCACAGCCCCCCCACGUUAAAGAGGAAGAGGAGGAUCUCUGGGUUACUCAGGAGGAAGAGUGUCAUCCAGGGCAGGAGGAGGCUGAUCUCACCAAGUUUCCACUGACUGUUGUCUCUGUGAAGACUGAAGAGCGUGAAGACAAACCACCUGAGUCCUCACAGCUUCAUCACAGUCCAAACAUCUGGGAAGAACAUCUUUACCCUGAGCAACAGAAGUGGAGUUUCAGGAUGCGGACAGAGGAGCCACAGCCCUCCCACAUUAAGAAGGAAGAGGUAUAUCCUCAGAUCCCCCAUUUUAAAAAGGAAGAGGAACACCCACUGAUCCCCCAUUUUAAAGAGGAAGAGGAGGACCCACUGACCCCCCAUUUUAAAGAGGAAGCGGUGGAUCCACACAGCCAUCACAUUAAAGAGGAAGAGGAGGAACACAGCAUCAGUCAGCAGGGAGAGCAUCUUGAAGGACUGGAGGAGGUUGAUGUCACCAAGAUGCCAGUGACUGGUGUCCCUGUGAAGAGUGAAGGUGAUGAGGUCAAAGGUGAAAGUGAGGAGAAGAGAGAGGCGGAGCCUCCAAGCAGCAGCUCAACUCAACACAUGACAACAGAAGCUGAUGGAGACCACUGUGGAGGAUCACAAGCAGACAAGCUCUUAGCUCCACUAUCAGAUAGUGAGGACACAACGUCACACUCUCCUGACACUGAUGAUGAACACUCUAAAGAUGAUAAGACAUGUCACACUGACAACACACACUUCACAUGCUCUCACUGCGACAAAACUUUUAAUGACCGUAGCAAUAUGAAAAGACACAUGAGAACACACACUGGAGAAAAACCUUUUUCCUGCUCAGAAUGUGAUAAAAGUUUUGUAAGAAAUCAAAGUUUAAAAGAACACAUGAGAAUACACACUGGAGAAAAACCUUUUUCGUGUUCAAUCUGCGGUAAAGCUUUUACGCAAAGGCCCAAUUUCAAAGCACACAUGAGAAUACACACUGGAGAAAAAAAAAUGUCCUGCUCAGAAUGUGGUAAAAGUUUUGUAAGAAAUCAAAGUUUAAAAGAACACAUGAGAAUACACACUGGAGAAAAACCUUUUUCGUGUUCAAUCUGCGGUAAAGCUUUUACGCAAAGGCCCAAUUUCAAAGCACACAUGAGAAUACACACUGGAGAAAAAAAAAUGUCCUGCUCAGAAUGUGGUAAAAGUUUUGUAAGAAAUGGAAAUUUGAAAUCACACAUGAGAACACACACUGGAGAAAAACCUUUUUCCUGCUCAGAAUGUGGUAAAAGUUUUGCAAUAAAUCAAAGUUUAAAAGAACACAUGAGAACGCACUUUGGUGAAAAACCAUACUCCUGUUCAAGCUGCAACAAAAGCUUUUGUCGCCUAAUAACUCUUACAGCACACACGAGAACACACACAGGAGAGAAAGUGUUGAGUUGCAGUGUGUGUGGUGAAAGAUUCUCUUCUAAGUACCAGUGUAAGAAACACAAGUGUGCUGGUGAGAACAGCAGCAGCAAAUGAAGAUGCAGGAUUUGAAAUAAUCUGUCAAAACUUUAACUUUGACUUUCUAACAACAUCAGCACAUAUAACAUGUGUGACAUCAUUGUUGUGUGUGUAACACCAUUUUGUUAAUAUGAUUCUAACAUUUAUAGAUUAGACACUUCAGAUUAGUGCUUUUAUUUCAGUCAAGUACAUGAGUUAAUAUACACAUUUGUGUACUUUAAAAUGAACAGAACAAUUUGACUGCAAAGGUGAGAAUAAACAGUACAUAAAAUAUGUUACAUACGAUAAACAUUUUAUGUGUAGAUAUUCAUAAUUCACUUUUAUACUUAUUCAUAAUAGUGUUUUAUAAAUGUUUUUUAAAAUAAUGAAGGGUUCUAUAGAUGAACUCCUUUAUAUGAUGUACAUAUUUGUUUUACAUGUGUUCAUACCUUUGCUUUUGAGUACACAUAAAUCCCUCUUAGUUCAUAUUUACUGGUUCACAUCUGAAACAUCUUCUGGACCACUUCUGGAAGCAUAUUAUUAUUUACUUUAUACAUCAUUUGAGCAGUUGUCUUUUAUACAAGAUCAUUUAUUUUUAAAAUGUGUUACUUUAUGAAUCAUUUGUUGGGUCUCUAUAAUCCAUUCUAGUAAUUCUCUUUAUUACUCUCUUGUGUAAUAUGAAUAUUGUUGUGUGAUUGUUUUAUAUGCAUGUCC